UGCAAUCUUAAGAUCAGACAGGCGUCACGAACAAGGCCACCGCAUUCGCCGUCUUCCUGCGUCCUCUCCAUGCGAGCAUCGCUGGUGCUUGCCCUCGCGCAGUAUGCCAUUGGCAUGGUCUCUGCAGGCGCAUCGCUCUACGCAAGCUGCCCUCGGAACACGCCGUCGUCGCAGCCGUGCGUCAUCUCGGGCAACGAGACCGGCACCAUGCUCUUGACGGUCAAUUACAACACGCUUCUCGCUAGCGGUUUGCUCAUCUCGGAUGUCGUGUCACUGCCACCGAGCGCCACGGACGUCGAUCUGUCGGUCAACCAAAUCGCAGAUCUGAGUGCGCUACGCACCCCCGCGUUGACCACCUUGAACGUGAGCAACAACAAGCUCGGGUCUCUUGCGACACUGCGGUACCUGGCGGGGCUGCGCACCUUGGACCUCAGUGCCAACCUCGUGAGCUCGCUCGCCUUUGUCACGAGCUUUGGCAACCUCACCACUCUGUCGCCAUCGGGCUUGUUAUGCUGCACUAACUUCCUGACUAGAUCGCUCCGCAACAACCUCAUCACAUCGAUCAAUAACCCAACGUUUCCCGCCUCCCUCGUCUCUUUGGACCUCUCGGGCAACCCCAUCUCUACCUUUGAUGUCACGCUGGAGACGUACACGCAGCUGAGCGCGCUGCCGCACCUUGUGCUCGAUGCAACUCCAAAGCCGACGAAUGUGUGCUUUGGGAUCGCCAAGCUCCUCCAGAAUCAAGCGGUCGUGUGCGUCACCGACUCGCUCUCGACGGACAACGGAUCGAGCGGUGUCCCGCCCGGCUCGCUCUACAGCAAAAUCAUUCUCAUUUUUGGCGGCUUUGCCUUCCUCGCCGUGCUCUACAUGUACCUCCUCAAGCGACUCUUCAACCGCCCAAACAUGCGCGACAGCAUCGUCACAUGCGCCAGCUCGGCGUACUCGAUGAUGGAAGACCUCCCGACCGAGUACUGUCCGCCGCUCGCCGGCGACGCCAGUGUCACGUGCCCUCUCCGGUCACCCGACGUCGCACGCUUCAAGCUCGAGCACGCUCACAUCAAGAAGCUUCGCCUCCAAGCCACGAUCGACGGCCAAGUGCUCUACCUUGGUGCGCACGUGCAGACCAAAGUGUGCAUCAAGGUCGCGGCCGACACGGCGGCCGUCACCGCGACCGUGCGCGAGGUCGUCCUGCUCUCGGCUCUCGAGCACGAGCACAUUGUGCAUCUGGUCGGGUUUGUGGCGUCGCCGCGGCUCGUCGAGAUGGCCAUCGUCCUCGAGUACACGCAGCUCGGGUCGCUCGAGAGAGUCCUCGCUCGCUCGGCACCGCUUGACUCGCUCGUCAAACUGCGGAUCGUCAAGGACGUGGCGACGGCGGUCGCCUACCUCCACCAGCACGACCCGCCCAUCGUUCACAACGCUUUGACGCCACCUUACAUUUUGCUCGCGGCCAACUGGGACGUCAAGCUCUCGGGCUUUGCCUUUGGCCACCGCGUCGGCGCGUCGCCCGUGCUGCAGAGUGUGCAUGACGAUGUCGCACCCGAGGUGCAAUAUGGCGCGCAAGCGACACCAGCCUCCGAUGUCUACCAGCUCGGCCGCCUCAUGCACCGUCUCGAGCUCGAUGUGCCGGCCUUGAUUGCAGCCUGCACGGCGUCCGACCCGACGCGCCGCAUCGAUGCCAGCGCCGUUGAGCAUAGGCUACAGGAGCUCUUACCCGAGGCGGUCCGGAUCGCCGACGAAUAGGAUUUGUCUCUCCAUGUCCA